CCUCUUCCGUCGUCACCGUCGGCACAUCUCAGCCCAGCCAACACGUUACGGUCGUUCUCCCUUUCUUUCCCAGGGAGUCCGCCAUUGUUGGCGCACGUACAUUUUCGAACGGGACAGGAAUAAUCGGAAAACAUCCAAAAUGGUGAAUUUUACCGUAGACGAGAUCCGGGGGAUGAUGGACAAGAAGAAGAACAUCAGGAAUAUGUCCGUCAUUGCCCACGUGGACCACGGAAAGUCAACUCUGACAGACUCCCUUGUAUCCAAAGCUGGUAUCAUCGCUGGUGCCAAAGCUGGUGAAACUCGUUUCACUGAUACUCGUAAGGACGAGCAGGAGAGAUGUAUCACCAUCAAAUCCACUGCUAUCUCCAUGUUCUUCGAGCUCGACGAGAAGGAUCUGGUGUUCAUCACUAAUCCUGAUCAGAGGGACAAGGAUGAGAAGGGAUUCUUGAUUAAUCUCAUCGAUUCACCUGGGCACGUCGAUUUCUCAAGUGAAGUCACUGCUGCUUUGAGAGUCACUGAUGGAGCACUCGUUGUUGUCGAUUGUGUUUCUGGUGUCUGUGUGCAAACGGAAACUGUACUUCGUCAGGCAAUUGCCGAGCGUAUAAAGCCCGUACUGUUCAUGAACAAAAUGGAUCGUGCUUUGUUGGAGCUUCAGCUGGACAGUGAAGAUCUGUAUCAGACAUUCCAGCGUAUUGUUGAAAACGUGAACGUCAUAAUCGCCACUUACUCCGAUGACGAUGGUCCCAUGGGGGAGGUUCGCGUCGAUCCUAGCAAGGGAUCGGUUGGUUUUGGAUCUGGUCUUCAUGGGUGGGCCUUCACCCUCAAGCAAUUCUCGGAAAUGUACGCUGAGAAAUUCAAAAUCGACACUGUCAAGCUCAUGAAUCGUCUCUGGGGUGAAUCAUUCUUCAAUCCCAAGACCAAGAAGUGGAGCAAGCAGAAGGAAACCGAUAACAAGCGAUCAUUCUGCAUGUACGUCUUGGACCCCAUCUACAAGGUGUUCGAUUGUAUCAUGAAUUACAAGAAGGAAGAGGCCGACAGUCUCCUCUCGAAAUUGGGGAUUGUUCUGAAGCCCGAGGACAAGGACAAGGACGGAAAGGCUCUACUCAAGGUCGUGAUGAGAACCUGGCUGCCAGCUGGAGAGGCUCUACUUCAGAUGAUAGCCAUUCAUCUUCCAUCCCCUGUCACUGCCCAGAAAUAUCGUAUGGAGAUGCUCUACGAGGGUCCCCACGACGACGAAGCUGCCCUUGGUAUCAAGAAUUGCGAUCCCAACGCACCAUUGAUGAUGUACGUAUCGAAAAUGGUGCCGACCUCUGACAAGGGUCGAUUCUACGCUUUUGGACGUGUGUUCUCUGGAAAAGUCUCGACUGGAAUGAAGGCCCGCAUCAUGGGGCCCAACUUCGUUCCAGGAAAGAAGGAAGAUCUCUACGAGAAAGCCAUCCAGCGUACAAUUCUCAUGAUGGGGCGUUACGUCGAAGCCAUCGAGGACGUGCCAUCCGGGAACAUCUGUGGUCUCGUCGGUGUUGAUCAGUUCCUCGUGAAGACCGGUACCAUCACUACGUUCAAGGAUGCCCACAACAUGAAGGUCAUGAAGUUCUCUGUGUCACCAGUCGUGCGUGUGGCUGUUGAACCCAAAAAUCCAGCUGAUCUACCCAAACUCGUUGAAGGUCUGAAACGUCUGGCCAAGUCCGACCCUAUGGUUCAAUGCAUAAUCGAGGAGUCUGGUGAGCACAUUAUUGCUGGAGCUGGUGAGCUCCAUCUUGAGAUUUGCUUGAAGGAUCUCGAGGACGAUCACGCCUGCAUUCCAAUAAAGAAGUCAGACCCAGUGGUGUCGUACAGGGAAACAGUCUCCGAGGAGUCCGACUCGAUGUGUCUCUCUAAGUCUCCCAACAAGCACAAUCGUCUCUUCAUGAAGGCUCAGCCAAUGCCGGAUGGUCUCGCUGAAGACAUCGACAAUGGUGAUGUCAACCCCAGGGAUGACUUCAAGGUUCGUGCGAGAUAUCUCGGUGAGAAAUACGACUACGACGUGACAGAGGCCCGAAAGAUCUGGUGCUUCGGUCCCGAUGGAACUGGACCAAAUAUUCUCGUCGAUUGCACAAAGGGUGUCCAGUAUCUCAACGAAAUCAAGGACUCAGUUGUUGCUGGAUUCCAGUGGGCGACGAAGGAGGGUGUCCUCUCCGAGGAGAAUCUACGAGGUGUGCGUUUCAACAUCUAUGACGUGACACUUCAUGCCGAUGCUAUUCACAGAGGUGGUGGACAAAUUAUUCCCACAACGAGACGCUGUCUCUACGCCUGUCUUUUGACAGCCGCUCCAAGGCUCAUGGAGCCAGUCUAUCUCUGUGAGAUUCAGUGCCCUGAGGUCGCUGUUGGUGGUAUUUAUGGGGUACUCAAUCGUCGACGUGGACACGUAUUCGAGGAACAACAGGUCGCUGGUACUCCGAUGUUCGUCGUUAAGGCGUAUCUUCCGGUUAAUGAGUCGUUUGGAUUCACUGCCGAUUUACGUUCCAAUACUGGAGGACAGGCUUUCCCACAGUGUGUCUUCGAUCACUGGCAGAUACUUCCUGGAGAUCCCACUGAGCCUGGCACCAGGCCGUAUCAAGUCGUUCAGGACACGAGAAAAAGGAAGGGACUGAAGGAGGGACUCCCUGACUUGGCAUCGUACCUCGACAAAUUGUAACCAAUUGGGACUCUCGCACUCUAUUUAAAUAUCCUAUUUAAAUAUUGUAAUUCAAUUUGAAUAUCGCUCGAGCGAUGGACAGCUGCCACGUUCGGCUUUAUUUUCCGUGGCUUAUUUUUCACGAUUAUCGAUUAAUAAAAUAACAACAAUAACAUUCUUUAUUAUUUUAGCUGAGAAUUAUUGGAACGUUGUGUGAGGAAAUUUGUAGCCAUUUGUGAGCUAUUCAGGUGUUGAAAUUCGAUAAAUUUUUUACUAUAUUGUU